UCCGCCCAGGCCUCGCGUCAGUUUCUUCCGAUUUGUGGCCAUCGACUUCCCGCGUCCUCCUCCUCCUCCUCCUCUGCGCUUGUCUCUCUUCACCGCUUGCCUUGGCUCCGCUCCGCUUCCUCUGUUUCUCUCAGUCCUCGUAGGUGACUCUUUCGCCAAUCACAUUUUGGAGUUCUGAAACUGAAAUGGCUGAGGAGGGUUACAGGGUUUCUUUGAAUGUUUAUGACCUGAGCCAAGGUCUAGCUCGACAGCUUUCCACAUCAUUCUUGGGGAAGGCAAUUGAGGGCAUAUGGCACACUGGAGUGGUAGUGUAUGGAAACGAAUACUAUUUUGGAGGAGGUAUACAACAUGCUCGUGUUGGGACAACACUGUAUGGUACUCCCAUUCGUGUUGUAGAUUUGGGUGUCACACAUGUGCCAAAAGAUGUUUUCGAGAUGUAUUUACAGGAGAUCAGUCCUCGAUACACAGCUGAAACAUACAGUCUGCUCACUCACAACUGCAACAACUUCAGCAAUGAGGUAGCCCAAUUUUUAGUGGGUUCAUCCAUUCCAGACUAUAUUUUGCAGCUUCCUAAUGAGGUCAUGAGUAGCCCAAUGGGUGCUUUGAUAUUGCCUAUGAUACAGAACCUAGAGAUGACUUUGAAAGCGGGAGCUGUUCCUCAAGUUCCACAAUUUAGGCCUCCAUCAUCGACCCCCGAUAUCAGCAAGUCCUUUGGCAGUACUCCUAGUACACCCAUCAAGAAAACCAAAGCCACAGAUGCGGAUGAGAAACAGCAGUCUGAGGAGUGUGCCAAGGAGUCUAAGGAUGAAAAAGCCCCUGCAGCAUGUGAUUCUGCCGCUGCAAAAGUCGAUCCUGUACCAGGAGAUUCUCUCGUGGAUGCACGGAGCAAAGUGCAGGAGGAGAUUACUGCAGAAUUUAUGGCGAUCAUGGCAAGUGGAACGUUGCAUGCGAAUGAAGCAGCAGCACUUGCUACCGAGAGGGUGAUGCAAAGAUAUGGACACAUGAAUGUCGCGAUGUCGAGCUAAAAGGAAAUUGAAAAGCAAGGCACAUCAUUAUUUACUUGGGAAAAGGUGUGUCUAGUUCAUAAGCUGAGGCAUUUUGACGCAGAAUUAUCAUGAAACUGAAUUGGUCGGCUCCACCUUGAUGCGAACUGAUUUCAUUGUUUGAAUCAUUAACAUAGACCUUUUCUU